GUCGAUGCCGGCAUGCUGCUAUGUGCGGGCGAAGGACACCGACAUCAGGGCGUGCAGUGGACCGAUUCAUGAUGUGUAGAGAAUGUAUACACAGCCAUCGGCUUUGUUGGUGUGGUCAUCGUUAGUGUCAUCGUCGUCACCAUCGAAGGAGGAGAACCAGCAGGGCGAAUCAGUGCAGGAGCAUUUAUCCCAGAAUCAAAACUAUACAGCUUCGUCGGAGCCAUUAGCGGCAGCAGUAGUAACACCAACGGUCGACGCAUCAUCAUCUGUCACACUGCUGCCGGUCACAACCUUCGCAGCCGGUUCGACAACAUCAGCAACAACGGUGUCCAUUUCGUCUAGUAAACGAACGACGACGACGACGACGACAACGACGCAAGAACGUGUUGGAAAGUCAAUUGAAACAGACAGUAGGAAGGUUGCAAACAGCAUGUCAACAACAGUUGCGAACAGUAACAACAACAUCAACAACAACCACACUAACAGCAGCAUCAUACCGGCCGAGAGUGAUAGUAGUGAUUCCGCAAUCGGUCCGGAACGGGUGGAGCGGAAAGCAGCACCAAUACAGAGCGACAUGCCACAGGCUGCGACCGAGCUGACGGUGGUUGCGGAAGCGCAAGUGGACAUGGCUACCGGCAGCGCGCAGUCAGCAACAACAGCAGCGGCAGCAACAGCACCACCACCAACGUACGGUGCCUACACUAACAAUACUUUACCGCGGGGGCCUUAUCUUCAGUAUAAGUAUAACAACAUUAGUAGUGUUCCGUGCAACCAGGACAAUAACGAACAUCAACAACAACCGCAACAGCAGCAGCUUAUACUACACCAACAUCAACAUCAUCAACUGGCUCAGCAGCAUCAUCAACAUGCAUCCGCACACCAGCAAACGCAGCACGCGUAUCGGCAGCAUCAUCACACCCGCCACCAUCAUAAUCACCAUCAACAACAACAACAUCGGCAGCCGUUGCGCAGCAGUGACGUGCUGGAAAUGAUUUCACGGUUUAAACACACCCACCCAAACAUUGAAAUGGACCAACAGCAGCAGCAACAGCAAGGAGAAGGUCAUCAACAACAACACCAACACCAACAGCAAUCGGCUGAUGUGUUGUUGAUGGACCAGCGCUGGGAAAGAGACACACUCACCUGCAAAGGGAUAAACGAUUCGCAUCAACAUCACCCAGUUGUUGUUGACGAACUGCUUCAGCAACAACAAUGUAAACCAGGCACCUACACAAGCAAAGAAAGAAACCACCACCAUUACCACCAGCAACAGCCGCCGCUCUACCGGGACGGUAGUGGCGGUGUUGCGCAACAGCGCCAUCACUAUCACCACCAUCAACUCAACUAUCAACAACCAUCAACAAUGGAACCACCCGUCGGCCAUCAACCGCCGUCGACCGGUGGUGACAAACGCCCAACAACGCCUGCCAUCGGUAGUGCCGUGUCGCUCACGAACGUGAUCGCCUUGAAGCGGCCCAGCCAGGCAGAAGGGUGGGCUUUACUCUGCCAAUCGGUGCAAGCGCUGCAGGACCUGUUUCUUGGAGAAACACCAUCAAUCAGCAAAGUUCGACCGUUGAUAACGCCCGCUAGUCUGCAGAUUAGCUCGCGAGGACGCGUCGUCUUUAGUAUCGUGCCGGCAGCGCAGCAACAGCAGCACCAGGAGGCGCUGGACACCACCGAGGAGCCCUUUCUUUCGCCCGAGUACAUUAAUUCGCUCGGCAAAACUAUUCAGUUCAGUGAGUCCGACGUCGAAAAGAUGUGGAUCUACUCGCUCGGUGUCACGCUGCAGCGUACUGUGUCCUCGUUCGCCGUCAACCAUCAGCAGCCACAGCACCAACAGCAGGAGUGCGACGGUGCCCUUCACCUGCUAACCGACGACGCACUCACACCUCUCGAUCACGUCAUGCUGGCGAUGUGCGAAGCGAACCUAUACCAACGCGCCAGCCUGAUGUUUCUGCUCGAUAUCAUAUCGGACUACUGCAAGAACCAUCACCUGUACAAGCCGUUCUCUCACAUGCUGAUCGACCUGUUCCGUGAGGUUGUCUCGUCAGCGGAACCGCACCAGCAGCGCCCAUCGCCCAUUGGACAACCUCCAGAGCUGAAAAUCAAACGUUCAAUCGAGUCGUUCGAAGAGCAGAAAAGCGAUACCGAUUCGGGUCGAUCGUCUGAUCAUGGUGAGCUGCUGGAGGUGCACCGGAAGAAGGAAUCAUCUGGAGGUACUCGUACACAGCAAGACACAGCUUCCCAGCAGCAACAGCAGCAGCAACAUCAAAGCAACUACGGCCCGAUCGUUUGCUCCGGCGAAGACUACCAAGAGUACGGCAAAACCACGGCAGCAACGCUGCUCAAGGUAAAGCGACCACCAACGGUCCACAAUCCGGCCGAGCAGAGGUUCUGCUCGCUGCCGAGACCAUACGACAGGCAUCAGCAGCAUCAGCCCGGUACGCUGGUACCUGAACCGUAUCCCAACUACCACACCAUAUCCUACACCAAGAGUGUACCGCGGGUCGGCGACAACAUUGGGUCACAGCAGUCUGGCCAACAGCACCAACAACAAACACACCAUCACCAUCAGGGCGUUAUCGUACGGCGGCGGCACAACGCGGAACUGCUGGCAGCGCGUCGUAGAGCCGACCAACGACGGAACACCAUAGACGUUACGAUGGUGGAAGUAAGGAUGGCAGAGGCGGCUGCACAGCAUCAACAUCAGCAGCGCACGCUACACCAGCAGCAACCAUCCUACUUUACCGGUACCGGGCGGCUAUUACCGUCCAAAUCGAUCAACCAUCUGGCGAGUCUUGCCGGUAGUGGUGGAUGUGAUGAACCACCUGCACCACCACUCGACCAAAGCAGCUUCAAUGCCACCUCCAUGCCGAAUCUCGGUAUGCCGCUGACGACGGUUUCGAUCGCCACCCAGACAGCUAGCAGCAAGCAAAGGCCGGAAGUUAGCGAUGAAAUCGAUGCUACCGGGCCGGCAUCAACGUCCCACAAGGGACCGGAGUUCAUUGUAAAUUCCCACUCAGCACCAAAGGCUAUUGAUCUCACCGACGCAAAGACACAGCAUCGCAGAACUGUAACGAUUCUACUCCUGAACGGUACCAAAGUGAACGUCACGUGCAAUCCAACGACCACACUCGCGCGCCACAUCUUCGAGGCGAUCCUUCGGCUGGAAGGUUUGGGUGAAAACUUCUUUCUCGGGCUAUGCGCCCUCAUCGGUGGUGAUUUCGUCUUUCUACCGCUCGAUCUCAAGAUCUACAAGGUCGCACCACAAAUAUGGAUCAACACAUCCAAAAAGGCCACCCCGAUGGUGGAGAACGUUGUGUUUAUGUUGUACGUGCGAAUUAAAUUCUUUCUGCCCACGUUGCGUGGCGUUAGCUGUGUCGAGUCGCGGCAUCUACUAUAUCUCCAGCUGCGGAAAAGUAUACUCGAGCGGCAGAUUCUCUGCGCCGAGGAUGAUCUGAUCGCACUCGGUGGGUUAGCGUUACAGGCCGAAAUUGGCAGCUUCAAAGAGCACAUGAAGUACAGCGAAUAUUUCACCAUCUCACACUACCUGCCGGAGGAGGUGUAUCGGAAGAAGCGGGAGCUGGCACGCUAUCUACGCAAUGCGCACUUUCAUAAGCGUGGCCUGCAGCAGCGGGAAGCAGAGCACAACUUCAUCCGGUACGUGCAGGAGCUGAAAGAGUACGGACUGCAUCUGUACAGUGCGUCCUGGACGACGGGCGAAGGUAUGACGCUCGACGUGUAUGUCGCCAUUUCGUUAGCAGGUGUUGCCAUCUUUGAGCGUAACGUGCGGUACCAGCCCCGUGCGAACCAGGAACAGCAGGAGUGCCGGAACGGGAAGAACAGCUUCAUGCGCCACCUGUACGCGCUGUUCGAUUGGCUCGAGAUAGAAAACAUUUGCUUCUCGAAGCACGCGUUCUGUGUUGUGGUACGACGGAAUGAAACGCUCGGUUCUAAGGGUGACAAAAAUCUUGUGAAGUACAAGCUGCGGAUGGAUGGCAGGAAAAGCUAUUUUGCCUUCAACCUAGCAUCGGAACAUCACAAAUUCUACAUGCAGUUGCGCAACUCGUUCACCUCGAUUAAAAAGCUUGCCAGUGAGCUAAACAUCCCGAUCGACCAACAGCCAUCCGGUGGCACCAGUAUCGGUGCGGAGGAAGAUGUCCGCAAGAAGCGUACCGUAAACGAGCUGGUAGACGGCACUACCCGGCCAUCGCCGGACCCGGCGUCAGCCGCUUUCGAUGCAAAAAACAUCGAAAAUAUCGACAAACCCUUCAAGACGACAGGAUUGCGGGUGCGUAAUCUUAAGAAAUCGAUGCUCAACGAUAACCGGUUGGCCCGGCUACGGCAGCGAUUUCUACUGAAGCGCUCCAAAUCAACCGUCGAACCGGGCAGCGGUGGUACAUCCGCGUUGAACCUUACGGUCGAAAUUACCAACCAGCAGAAUCAGAACAAGGAGAACGAAAAUCCGUUCCUCGGAGGUGGUGGUGGUGCUGCUGGUGAACAGGAACCGGUGGACGGUCUGUCAGGCGUACCGGCGUCGCCGGGCGGGCUUGAUCAGUCCGGUAGCAAUUCACCGAAAACAACGCACAGCAUGAACCGAAACAAAGUCAAAAUGGGCACGAAAGUGUUUUCGGCCCAGUUUCUGAACAAAUCGUUCGAUAAUCUUGCUGCUGCCGGUACAGCUGGCAGUGGUGCCGGUCUGGCAGGAUUAAGCGGUGCCGUCUCGUUCCAAAAUGUAGCCAACAUCAGUCGCAGCAGUAGCGGGUUCUUGCUGCACGAAGACGAUGUGGAAACGGGUGACGGAUUAACGCACGGCGCUCAUCCACCGGUACCAGCGCAUCCACUGAUCGAAAGCAGUGUGGAUGAGGUGCUGUCGGUGAAGAGUAGUAUGGGUUCGGUGUACUUUAUGGAGAAGAUCGACGAACAGUCGGUUGGUGGGAGUGCGGAGACGUUACUCUCCCCGAAAGCGUGUGUCAUACAAUCCAGCAUCCGCAGUGAAAGCUGCCAGUUCGAGCUGCCGAUGGCGGACGAGACGAUCUCCGACACGCUGUUGGAGAAGUUUAACAACAUCAGCCAGUGUAGUGGUGCGUCGAACGAUCGUAUCCUCGCAACGGUUGUUAUCGUGAAGGAUGCGGUCCUCGGUACCGACCAGGAAACACUGCUGAUCCCUUCUCAUCGGCAGUUUCUAUCACGCAGCCAGGAAUCGAUCGCUUUCCCCGGAAAAUGGUCAUUGACGGCGUCCAGCCAAACCGGCACCACGCACUACGACGAAUUUGACGAGCGCUUCCCGUACGCAACGAUGGGUGGUGGUGUGAAGAAACGAAACCGGGAGCAUAGUACUAGCUCCACCGCUCGAUACACGCUGGGCAUUAGUAUCGUGCAGGGUAACGAUAGCAAUGUCUACGUGAAGGAUCUCGCACCGAACGGACCGGGCGCACGCAAUGGCGUACGGGUGGGCGAUCAGAUCAUUGCAGUGAAUGGGAAAUCGCUGCUCAAUCUACCUUACGCCGAAUCGCUAAGCAUACUGCAGCAAACGGGCCGUACGGUGGAGCUUGUACUGUCGCAGAUCUUUCACCGUGCAGGAUCCGAAGCGGAGCAGCAACAUCAAACACGUCCACCCACCGUCACCAAAUCGAACAGUCUGUACAUCAAGAAUGGUUGUCGCUCGGCCAGUACUACACCCCUGCUAGAUACCCAACAGCACACCUUACCAUCGGUCCAAAGUCAAAUGAAAUAUUUUGAGGAAGGCGAUACUACGGUACCUAAAUUCUACUCCCAAAGCCAACAUCGGAAACACCUCGCGGAGCGUGUGUCCGAAGGAUCCUACACCUCUACCCCGCGAGCGUCCGGAGCAGACAUUAACGGUGGUAGUGUAAGCCAACGGUACACAAAAAACGUUGCCGAUAUUCUUCGGACGCGUAAUCGAAUGGCGGUAACCGAGCGUAGUCAUCAGUCUGUCCCGCAACAUCCACCCCCACCUGCGUACGCAAGUCUUAGUCCCUCGAAAAGUAUGCCCGACCUGCCGAAGAUCCUGCAGGUGUACAGCAAACAUCCGCCAACGUUCGAUGGUGUUGGACUACCGGCCAUGAUUGGCCCGAUUCGCAACCACACUCGCUUAGGAUCGUCUGUGAAGCUACCGGGGCAGCAGGGUGCCUCAAUAUCUCGCAAGUACACUGGCCCGACCCGGUAUCCCGUGACACCGGCAAAGGACACGUUCAAAACCACCGUCGGACCGGUCCGGACGCAGCUAUCCCUCUCGAACGCUUCCGAGGACGAACAGGUGUUCAUCUAAACUUA